UCGCCGCCUGCAGCGCCCAGCGUCUUCGCCGCGCACGUUGCGGGUCCCGCGGGGCCUGGGCUGCGGGCCCGCGGGCCCCGGGGAUGGCGUCGGAGCCACGCUGACUCCGUUUUUCCUUGGACCAAGAUGACUGAUGGAAACCUUUCCACCUCUGCAAAUGGCGUAGCCUUGAUGGGCAUUCUGGACGGUCGACCAGGAAACCACAUUCAGAGCCUGCAACACUUGACUCUCAAGGCGCCCAGGUCCCUCUCGUUGCCUGAGUAUGGGCCCAAGCUGAGACUCAGUGCUUUAGAGGAUUGGCACAGCCUUAAAUCGGUGGACUCGGGCAUUCCUACCCUCGAGAUCGGCAACCCGGAGCCUGUCCCCUGCAGCGUGGUCCACGUGAGGAGGAAGCCGUCCGAGUCGGAGAUCGUCCCUGAGCGCGCCUGCCAGAGCGCCUGCCCGCUGCCCUCCUACGCAUCCCCGGCCCCCGCCGGCGGCGCCGAGCGGGAGCAGAGCGUGCGCAAGUCCUCCACGUUCCCCAGGACAGGCUACGACUCGGUGAAGCUCUACAGCCCCGCCUCCCAGGCCCUGCAGCGCAGCGACAAUGUCUCUGUGUGCAGCGUGUCCAGCCUCAGCACGGAGCUGUCCACCACACUGUCCGUCAGCAAUGAGGACAUCUUGGACCUCGUGGUCACGAGCAGCUCCAGUGCCAUCGUGACCCUGGAGAACGACGACGACCCGCAGUUCACCGACGUCACCUUGAGCUCCACCAGGGAGACCCGUGACCUCGGGCGGGACUGUGCCGGUGAAACGGAGGAGGGGAGGAAGCUGAGACUCCUGGGACCGUUCAGUCACUUCUUUACCAGGAAUUUGCUUGCUAGGAAACAGAAUGCAAGACUUGACAAACAAAAUGACUUGGGAUGGAAGUUAUUUGGAAAAGUACCGCUCGGAGACAAUGCUCAGAAAGAUUCAAAGAAGUUGCAAAAGGAAUAUGAAGACAAGGCUGGACGACCUAGCAAGCCUCCUUCUCCGAAGCAGAAUGUGAGGAAGAAUCUUGACUUUGAGCCUCUCUCCACCACCGCACUCAUCCUGGAGGACAGACCAGCAAAUCUCCCAGCAAAGCCAGCUGAAGAAGCUCAGAAACACAGGCAACAGUAUGAAGAAAUGGUGGUUCAGGCCAAAAAACGAGAGCUGAAAGAAGCCCAGAGGAGGAAAAAGCAGCUGGAAGAAAGAUGCAGACUGGAAGAAAGUAUUGGAAAUGCGGUCCUCACUUGGAACAAUGAGAUUUUGCCCAACUGGGAAACAAUGUGGUGCUCUAGAAAAGUUCGAGAUUUGUGGUGGCAGGGAAUCCCUCCCAGCGUGAGAGGCAAGGUCUGGAGCUUAGCCAUUGGCAACGAGUUAAACAUCACCCACGAGCUCUUCGACAUCUGUCUCGCCCGAGCAAAGGAGCGGUGGCGGUCCUUUAGCACGGGAGGCUCCGAAGCGGAGACCGAAGAUGCUGGUUUUUCAGCAGCAGACAGAGAAGCCAGUCUGGAGCUGAUUAAACUGGACAUCUCCAGAACAUUCCCCAGUCUCUGCAUUUUCCAGCAAGGUGGCCCGUACCACGACAUGCUGCACAGCGUUUUGGGCGCGUACACUUGUUACCGACCGGAUGUGGGUUAUGUUCAGGGCAUGUCCUUCAUAGCGGCCGUGUUGAUCUUGAACUUGGAUACUGCAGAUGCCUUCAUUGCUUUUUCUAAUCUUUUGAAUAAACCCUGUCAAAUGGCGUUUUUCCGAGUGGACCACGGCCUUAUGUUGACGUACUUUGCUGCAUUUGAGGUAUUCUUUGAAGAAAAUUUGCCGAAAUUAUUUGCUCAUUUUAAGAAAAACAACUUAACUCCAGACAUCUACCUAAUUGAUUGGAUCUUCACUCUCUACAGCAAGUCCCUGCCCCUCGACCUGGCCUGCCGGGUCUGGGACGUGUUCUGCCGUGACGGGGAGGAGUUCCUGUUCCGCACGGCCCUGGGCCUCCUCAGGCUGUUCCAGGACGUCCUGACCAGGAUGGACUUCAUUCACGUGGCCCAGUUCCUCUCGCGGCUGCCAGAGGACCUGCCCGCCGAGGAGUUCUUUGCUUCCAUCGCCAGCAUUCAGAUGCAAAGUCGAAACAAGAAGUGGGCUCAGGUGCUGACCGCCUUGCAGAAGGACAGCAGGGAAAUGGAGAGAGGAAGCCCGUCUCUGCGGCACUGACGAGGCAGUGGACUCGCCAUCAGCUGGGAAGCAGGCUCCACGUGGCACCUGUGUAGCUUCAGGCGGAUGCCCUGGCAGCUCCGGAGGACAGGGGCUGUUUCCACGUUUGAUCCCUAAUGCUGGAGUUGGCCUUAAACACAACACAACAAACGAAAAAACACUUUUAAAGAAUUAAACCAAGGCUAAGCCUUAAGCUCAGUGGAAUGAGGACCAUGGCCAACCACUGCGUAUUCUGCAUGGUUUAAAAAUAGGGCAGCGGCCAAUUCCCUCCCCUCAUUUCAGCAAAAGUUAAUUAAAUUGUAAUGCUUUUAUGUCAACUACCGGAAAGUACAUUACAAUUUUUCGUUAGCCAAGGUGCAUGAGAAAUGUUAUUUGGGAGACCUCAGAGAUGGCAUUGGCUCACAUCUACAUAUUUUAGUCCAAAAGGGACUGCUGAUUUUAGUUGCCGAGGUAAUCCUUCCAGAGCGCAGGUCAUGUUUUUGAAGCCUGCCUACCAAAGACAGUAGGACGGGAAGAUGGGCUCUCAGAGGACAGCCGCUGGUGCGUGGGCUCCCCAAACACACGCGAUCUGACCUUCAGGCUGACCUUUUACCACGUUGCCUUGACAAAAUUCCAGCACCGGGGCUGACAGCGCACGCUCAGGUUCCGGGGGGUGCCCCGCUGUCCCAGAGACCGCACCCCCGUUUGUCCAGCAGUGGUGGCUCACCCAGACCCUGCAGUAGUAGAGACGGGCGUUAGAGCAGAGCCUGCCUCUCUGAGCCAGGCGCGGGGGGCAAGACGCCCUACCCCUGGCCGCCCACCAGUUCUGGGAGGCCGGGCCAGCCCGCGUGGGGCGGGUGCUCCUCCUGUCCCUGCAGGGCAGGCGCCGUCCCUGGGGUGGUGACCCCGCCUCACGCAGUCCACUCACAGGAUGGCUGUGGGCACCGGGGCGUGAGCAGCACGUGUCCAGCGGCCCAGUUAGCUUGUCAGGAAUUCUCAGUGUCCCACCCCAACUUCAUUCACCACCUUUUUGUCCCAGCUUUUCCUUGACUCAUUUGGCGAACUUUGCGUUAAGAGCUUUGCUUAUCUGAAUUCAGAGACGUGAAGACCGUCGGCAUGAAGAAGUCCAAAGGACAGGCCCCUCCGCACGGACACGGCUCCCAUGUGCGCACGCGCCGGUCUCUGGGGCGCUCGGGAGGCCAGGCCCAUGGGUGCUUGCCGCCCAGCCGCCCUUCUCAGCCAUACGUCCGCCCUCGGGGUGGAGCCUAACCACGGAGUUAGUUUUAUAGGUUUUUCUCCACCUGCCGUGCCCGCCGAUGACACUUCAGGUGCAAAGCAAGCUGCUGAGCCGCUGGCCGUCCUCACGCCCUCCACCCCGGCUGUCCCACGUGUCCUUUCCCACCUCCUGUUCCUGCUGAACUCCCCGGGGAGCUUGCAGGGCAUCCCCCACCACUUUCUGCCUCAGCCUUGAAGCGCCGACCCUCCUGACCCCUUGGAGGUGGUCUUCCAUCUCCACCGAGCGCCAGGGCAGCCGUUCCCGGACUCUGCCAGAGGCUGAGUGUAACCGGGCCGAAAGCGGGCUGCUGGCCCCGUCACGCCCUUCCUCGCGGAGGUACCUGGUCUCGUCCCAUGACUGUAGGCUUUCUGUUCGUGAAAGAUGUAUAUAUUUUCUUACUGUACAUAAAGACGUUCCCGAAGUGGUGACAGAAAGCGACGCGCCCGGGGCCGCGGGCAGUUCCUGAGAAUGCGUUUGUGCGCCUCGAUGUGCCGUCAGCGCCCCCAGCCCUCGACGUGGCUGUCAGAUGGAUCGACGUGUCUCUUCAGAUAGCACCGUAUAUGCAUUGAGUUUUUAAGCAGGAUUCCAGGCCAUUCUGCAACACUUCCCGAUCUGUAGUUCAGAGGAAGUUUUCAUGACCUGUUCAGGGACCACACGAGCUCUCUGCUGGCUAGAUGUGUCCACCUCGGAGUCUGGGAAGUUCAAGGUCCCAGUCUAGGGUCGCUCAGCCACUUGCCGCAGAGGGCAGAGGGCUGCUGGACCGCAAAGGGCUGCGCUUGUCUGCUCGCCAUUCUGGUUUCGGAAAACCGGAAACAGAAUUGGAAGCGCACCCCCCUUGGGAAGUCGGCCCUCUCCACUUCUGGUGCCACUGAUUUUCAGAAAGUGAGGUGUCAGGGUUGGGGCGUCUGCGGCUGGCACCUCAGAGCCGGUUGCCGUGUCCCCACCAGUCACUGAAAUCCCAUCUGGAACGACAUUCACUUUAAAGGGUACUUUUUAACUACUCCGUUUUUGACUAUUUUAAAUAGUUUGCUGAUAGAAAACUGGUAACACUUGCUACAUACCAUGUUUUAAUUGCUUGUACAGUUAACCUUUAAUUUUAUUCAGUAAAGUGUA